CUAAUAUCAUACCUUUCUAAACUACAUAUCUUCCUUCUUAGCUUUCUCCUUUCCCAAUAUCUCUUAGCUAAUGGAUGUCCAUAGACACUUCAAUGUUUCGACGAAGGCUAAGCACAUCGUGGCAGCGGCCGUGCCACUGCAGGAUCACCGGCUACCCUUAACAAACUUGGACUUUCUGUUACCCCCAUUAGAUGUUAAUGUUUUUUUCUGUUACAAAAAUAGUGUUACUACGAUACUUGAUGACGAAGGGCAACAAAAUGAUACGUUCAAGUUUAAGGUGAGUGUACUAAAGAAAGCCUUAGCUGAAGCACUUGCGUACUUCUAUCCCUUUGCAGGUGAAGUCGUUAAGAACUCCGGUGGCGAGCCGGAAGUUCUAUGCAACAACCGCGGUGUCGAGUUUGUUGAAGCAUUUGCGGAUGUUGAUCUUUUUGAGCUUGAUUUGUAUAAUCCGGACCAAAGUAUUGAAGGCAAAUUGGUGCCUAGGAAGAAAGAUGCCGUGUUCUCGGUUCAGGUGACCGAGUUGAAGUGUGGGGGAACAUUAGUGGCUUGUGCAUUUGACCACCGAGUUGCAGACGCCUACUCAGCAAACAUGUUUUGGGUCACAUGGGCCGAAAUGGCAACCUUAAAGCCCAUUUCAACAACACCUUAUUUUCACCGAUCUAUUGUUAGCCCAAGAAGCCCACUUAACUACAACUCCACAUUUGAUGAAAUGUAUAUACCCAUUUCAUCCCUCUCAAAUUCAAAUCCAAAUCCAAAUCCAAAUCAAAAUAUGGACCCACUUAUUACCCGAGUUUAUUAUGUCUCAAAAUACCAACUUGAUACCCUUCAAUCAUUGGCUCAAAAUGAAUGUUGCAAGAAAAUUAGCAAACUUCAAAGUUUUAGUGCUUUUCUUUGGCAAGUUAUUGCUUCUCAUGCUUGUCAACUUGGAAUGGAUUAUGUGAACAAGAUUAGUAGGAUGGGCAUCGUUGUAGAUGGCAGAAAUAGAUUAAGCAACGAAGAAAGCAAGGAGAAAGCACAAGCUUUUAAUUCAUACUUUGGAAACGUGUUAUCAGUACCAUUUGGUGAGCAAAAAUGUGGUGAUUUAAAAGACAUGCCAAUAAAUAAAAUGGCAAAAUUGGUGCAUGACUUCCUAGCAAAAUCAGUAACAAAGGAUCACUUCUUGGGCCUCAUUGAUUGGGUUGAGGCACACCGCCCCGUGCCCGCCAUGACAAAGAUCUAUUGCACCGAGGACGGUGAUGGGCCGGCCUUUGUGGUGUCGUCGGGCCUAAGGUUUCCGGUCUCUAAAGUGGAUUUUGGAUGGGGAACACCAACUUUCGGAUCAUACCAUUUUCCAUGGGGUGGUAGUUGUGGUUAUGUGAUGCCUAUGCCAACUCCAUUAGAAAAUGGAGAUUGGGUUGUGUACAUGCACCUUCACAAAGACCAACUUGACUACAUUGAAGCUCAAGUUCCCAAUGUGUUCAAACCCUUUUAUUUGGAGAUGAUUAAGUUCAAUUAACCAUGUCACUUAAGUAGAAUUAGGCAAUAUAAAUAUAAAUAUGUACUUUUUUUUAUAACAUUUCACAAGGAUCUUAUAGGGGAUUACAUGUUGUAAUAGGUAUUAGGGGAUGAAGUUAUUAGAUUAACCAUCCUCAAAAUUGUGUGUGUGUGAAAUUGGAUAAGUAUGUAUGUAGUAUAGCAUAAUCUCGUAUUAACACUUAGUUUCUCUUAGAAAUGGAUUGUUAAUUUUUAUUAUUUAUUUUUUUAAAGGUAAUUAGAAGUUAGGAAAUGUUCAUUUAAGACUAAACCCUAACUUGUCUUAAAAAAAAAAAAAAAGAUAAAAUUUACCAUCUUAAAAAGGUUCAGUAUCUUGGUGGGCUGAGUUUGCAUUCAAUAGCAUGAUGCUUCUCUAUGGAUGUAGAAAGAGUUGACAAUUAGAUGAUUUCAAAACAACUGUUUAACGUCCUCUAUCCAUUAGCAAAUUUUAAUUUUCUAAGGGCACCACUAAUCUUUACCUUAUAAAAUAUUAAUGAUAUUUAAGUAAGUUAUUAUCUUCAGUGAAAAACACACAUGAUACUAUGAGCUUUUGAUAAGAGCAA